CGACGCCCACACUACUUUUAGUUACGAAAUCUCCCUCCCUCCCUUUUUAAAAACCCUAAUUCCUCUGUAAAUUCUAGUUUCUGAGCCCUAAAUUCGAAGCAAAACCUGCUGCCUGCUACCGAAUUCGAAAGACGACGACUGAAGAUGUUCUCAAUUGCAGCUAUCAAUGACGAUACUGACUCCAAAGGCACGUGGGAGCCCUUAGCUCCUACCAAAGAAGCUCAGGAAUUUCAUCUCUCACAAACUUAUCAUGAAGGACUUCACAAGUUACAAACUAAAGAAUACAAGAGGGCUAGUGAGUUGUUAGAGUCUGUUCUAAAAGACCCUUUAAUAGAAAACGCGCGGGUGGAUGGUAAUGUCAGCGAUUGUCAUCUAUUGCAACUCAGAUUUUUGGCACUGAAGAACCUUGCCAAUGUUUUUCUUCAACAAGGUUCAGAACAUUAUGAGAGUGCUCUACGAUGUUAUCUCCAAGCUGUAGAGAUUGAUACCAAAGAUUCUGUUGUCUGGAACCAGCUAGGAACAUUAUCAUGCUCGAUGGGCUCUCUGAGUAUAUCACGUUGGGCAUUUGAGCAAGGGCUUUUGUGCAGCCCUAAUAAUUGGAACUGCAUGGAGAAAUUGUUGGAAGUUCUUAUUGCUAUCGGUGAUGAGGUUGCAUGCCUUUCUGUGGCAGAGUUAAUUUUGAGGCAUUGGCCGUCACAUUCUCGUGCUUUGCAUGUCAAGAAAACAAUUGAAGAGUCAGAGCCGGUUCCAUUUGCUCCGAGAGGUAUAGAUAAGCUGGAACCUAAACAUGUCCGUCUCAAAUUUGUUGACAAGAGAAAAGCAUCUCAAGCACUUCUGGAGGAGGACGUUGCAUCCAAGAAGCUGAACCAGAGCAUGGAUUUGAACCUUGCAGACGCUACUUGGGCAGCUGUUGCUGAUGCACUCUUGGAUAUCUUACUUCCGUUGAAUGGCUGUAGAUCUGAGAUGGGGAAUGCAAAAGAAUACAGAUCUGGAGACAUCAGAUUAAUUUUACACUUACCUUCUAGUUCAGAAGGUAACAGAGGGUCUGAGGAAAGAAAAGGACAUAACUUGGCCCCAAUUCGUGAAAAUACCUCUUCCGGUGAUUGCAACACUGGAAGAACAGGUGUUAAAGAGAAAGACACAAGUCUUCUAGAAUUCCAAAAACAGGAGAGGCGGAGUACUCGCCUUGAAAGGCUUAGAACUCGUAAACCAGGGAAAGAAGAUCUUGACUUUGCUAAUGGUAAAGCUCAGGCCAAGGUUGUUAUUCAGUGUCUAGAACCUUUUAUUGCUGGCGGAUCAGGAAUCAAAGAUUCCAAUCAUUCUAGUAAUCAUUCUGUUUCAUGUCCUGAUCAAGCUAAUCCCUGGGAUACUGAAUAUGGUGAUGUUUGCAGAUUUGUUGAAAAAGCUUCAAAGAACUACGGUGCUUUCCAUUUGGCUCACUUGCUUUUGGAAGAGGUUGCAAGUAGAGAUCUUCAGCAUCAGGAUGCAUUUGUUAAGUUUCUGGACUUGGAAAAGAUGACAAGGAAUUGGGGGAAGGAUAGGACCCCUGAAUGCUGCCUUUUCCUGGCUGAGCUUUAUUAUGACCUUGGUUCAUUGUCUGAUGCUUCAAGGUUGUCAGUAUUCAUGUCCGAGGCAUCUUAUCAUCUUUGUAAGAUUCUCGAAUCAGUAGCUUUGGAAGAUGAAAGCAUCUCUGGGCUUAAGAGAAUCUUCGGUAAUAAUGGAAUAUCAGCCAACAAUUCUGUUUGCAAGGAUGUAUCAUUAGGUGACAAGUUGUUAGCAAGUAGCUCCUUUUGGGUUCGGUUUUUCUGGUUAAGUGGACGAUUAUCUAUUUUAGACGGCAACAAGGAAAAAGCCCACCAAGAAUUCUGUAUAUCCUUGUCACUUUUGGCAAACAAGGAAAAUAUCAGUGAUUCGCAGCGUGUAAUCCGCCUCCCAUAUUGCAAGGUUCUUAAAGAGUUAACUGUUGGUAGGAUUCUCCAUGAAAUUAACAUUUUAAAGGUUGAUUUCUUGACGCAGAAGACUUUAAGUGAGAUGAUUGAGAAGGAAAUGUAUAUGGAGUGCAUGACCUUGCUUGUUCCGCUUCUAUUUGCCACAAGAAAUGUGCCCCCUGAUGCAUUACCUCUACGCUUAGCUAAUAAAGGAGGCGAAGGAGUUACUUCAGUUGAACUGUCAGCACUAGACAUUUUAAUCAAAGCUUGUGAAAAGACAAAACCUGUGGAUGUUGACAUUUAUUUGAAUUGUCAUCGUCGGAAACUGCAAAUUCUUAUGGCAGCAGCAGGGAUUGAUGAAUGCCUGGCUUCCUGUAAAUCCUUCCUUUCUAAAUCAGGGUCAAAAGCUCGCUUCCAUUCUGUCAUAGAUUCAAAUGAAAGUUCGAGCAAGCAGUGCUGGAAUUUCUUGGUUGCAGAGGAAGUAAAGGCCAUUUCUCAAUGUGCGUCCCAAGUGAAGAAUUUUAUUGAUCAACCUGGAGCUUCUGACAGCAAUUCUGUUCCAAUGAGCAGCAUAGGUGAUCUCCAAUGCUUGCUCUUGUCAGUCAUGUGUAAUGUUGCAAGCAUAUUCCUCUGUAAGAAAUCUACUGAGCUAGUGACGGCUGAUGAAAUUGAACAAAGUUGCUUUAUUGAAGCUUCCAUUGCAUUCUGCAAACUUCAACACCUCAACCACAUGAUACCUGUUAAAACUCAAGUUGACUUAAUUGUCACUAUGCACGAUCUACUGGCGGAAUAUGGACUCUGCUGUGCGGGUCAGGGUACUGAAAAGGAGGAAGGAAUGUUUCUUAAAUUUGCAAUUAAGCAUCUAUUGGCCUUGGAUAUGAAGUUUAAAUCUACCUUUAACUCAUCAAGCAAAGAAACAACUGAAGACAACGAGCUGCUUGACCUAAAUAGUCCUGCCAAAAUAACUCUAAAUGAAUCAAAAUCAGAUACACUAGAUGUGGAAAUGGUUCACACUGGAAGAGAUGAAAUCAGUACUGCAGGGAAGGAUGUAUCAGAAGCAAUAUCAUCAAAAAACAUUUUAUCUGAUAAAGCUCUAGAGGAAGAUCUUAAUUUGGAAUCAGAAGGUAGAAAGCAAGAUGAAGAUGGUUCUGGUGCUAAGUUCAACAGAGGUGAAGAAGCAAGCGAUCAAUUGAAUGAAGAUGAAGAUGAACUCAUAGAAGAUGAAAGGGAGGAGCUUGAGUUGAAAAUUGAUUAUGCCUUGGAUCAGUGUUUCUUCUGCUUAUAUGGUCUAAAUAUUAGAUCUGAUUCAUCCUAUGAAGAUGACUUAGCUGUGCACAAAAAUACUAGCCCUGGUGAUUACCAGACAAAGGAACAAUGUGCUGAUGUUUUUCAGUACAUACUUCCUUAUGCAAAGGCUUCUUCUAGGACAGGACUAGUCAAAGUUCGAAGAGUACUCAGAGCCAUACGCAAACACUUUCCACAACCACCAGAAGAUGUUUUGGCUGGAAAUGCAAUAGAUAAGUUCUUAGAUGAUCUCAAUUUAUGUGAAGAUAAGCUCUCAGAUGAGGCUGGGUCUGACGGCUUUCUUGAGACCAUAACGAAGGUGAUACUUCCUGAUGAGAGAAGGUUUAAACAACAAAAGUCAUCAUCCGUUGGGAGCUCUGAACCAUAUCUGGAUGUCUAUUGCAAUUUAUAUUAUUUCCUUGCCCUCUCUGAGGAAAUGAGUGCUACAGACAAGUGGCCUGGCUUUGUGCUUACAAAGGAAGGGGAAGAAUUUGUACAGCAUAAUGCGAAUCUCUUCAAAUAUGAUUUACUCUAUAACCCUCUGCGUUUUGAAAGUUGGCAAAGACUAGGACAUAUCUAUGACGAGGAAGUGGACUUGUUACUAAAUGAUGGCAGUAAACACAUCAAUGUGGCAGGAUGGAGGAAGAAUGUUACAUUACCUCAGAGGGUUGAGACAAGUCGAAGGAGGAGUAGGCGGUGUCUGUUAAUGAGUUUGGCUUUGGCAAAGACAUCAGCUCAGCAGAGUGAGAUACACGAGUUAUUGGCAUUGGUAUACUAUGAUAGCCUUCAAAGCGUGGUGCCAUUUUAUGAUCAACGAACUGUUGUACCCUUGAAGGAUGCAGCAUGGGUGGUGUUUUGCGAGAACUCGAUGAGACACUUUAAAAAGGCUUUUGCUCACAAGCAAGACUGGUCCCAUGCUUACUAUAUUGGGAAGCUCUGUGAAAAGCUUGGGUACUCCUAUGAGACAUCUUUAUCAUAUUAUGAUAAAGCUAUUGCUCUGAAUCCAACAGCUGUAGAUCCUGUUUACAGGAUGCAUGCUUCGCGCCUGAAAUUACUUUUUACAUGUGGAAAACAAAAUCUAGAAGCUUUAAAGGUUCUUUCAGCAUAUGCCUUUAGUCAAUCAACGAAGGAUGCUGUCAUGACAAUGUUAGGUGACAUGGAUGCGGAAAUGUCAAAUUCACCAAAGGAUAGAAGCACAGAAACAAACUCUGAGAAGGUGAAGCAUGAAGAUGCGGUUAAAUCAAAGGUGUGGAACAUGCUUUACAGCGACUGUCUUUGUGCCCUUGAAACUUGUAUUGAAGGGGAGCUUAAACAUUUUCAUAAAGCCAGAUAUAUGCUUGCACAAGGUCUGCAUCGAAGAGGGGAAAGUGGUGCAUCUGAGAGAGCAAAAGAUGAACUCUCUUUUUGCUUCAAGUCAUCUCGGUCAUCAUUUACAAUAAAUAUGUGGGAAAUUGAUAGUACAGCCAAAAAAGGAAGGCGGAAAACUCCUGGAGUUUGCGGGAGCAAAAGGUCCCUUGAGGUUAACUUACCUGAAAGUUCUAGAAAAUUCAUCACUUGCAUUAGGAAAUAUCUUCUGUUCUAUUUGAAACUGUUGGAGGAGACUGGAGACAUCUGUACUCUUGACCGUGCUUAUAUCUCUCUUCGGUCUGAUAAGAGGUUUUCACUAUGCAUUGAAGAUCUUGUUCCAGUUGCCCUUGGGAGGUAUGUAAAGGCCCUUGUUUUAUCAAUCCGCCAAGUUGAAACUGUUGGCUCUGGUGCUGUAGAUAAUUCCGAGCAUAUAUUGGAGAAAGUGUUUUCUUUGUUCAUGGAACAGGGGAACUUAUGGCCUGAAAUAUGUGGUUUGCCUGAGAUUAAGGUCACAGAAACAUCAGAAAGCAGUUUAUAUGGAUAUCUUCAUGAACAUAUCAUAUCAUUAGAGGAAAAUGGUAAAUUGGACACUCUUGAAGCCAUAAAUGAGAAGAUUCGAAAGCGUUUCAAGAAUCCAAAAUUGUCAAACAGCAACUGUGCGAAAGUUUGCAGGCAUGCAUCCAUUGCUUGGUGUAGAUCUCUUAUAUUGUGGUUGGCACAGAUCACUCCUUCACAGUCUGAAAUCGCAAGUGAGAUUCAGGUUCUAAAUCCUUCAGAUGGUGGGUUGGAAAAUAGCCAGCUGCUCUGUGUUGAUUUGCAGACAGAUGAAUUGUGGAGUUCAGCUUUUGAGGACCCAACCCAUUUUAAAAAGCUUGAGGCAAAACGAAAUCCUGUUUUCUCUAAAAUAAAGAACUUAGUUGUUAAGAAAGCUUCAGAUGAAAAUUUAGAGACUGCCAGUGCUUUGCUUCGAUCUUCGUACAACUUCUAUCGUGAGAGCUCAAGUGUAAUGCCUUCAUCCGGUGUCAAUCUGUAUUUAGUUUCAUCAUGGUUAGCAAGGGAUACACAAUUCAGACCAAGCACGGAGGGGGCUGAAAUCCUUGACCUUAGCAUUCCAAGGAAGCUUCUCUUGUGGGCUUACACACUAUUGCAUGGCCGUUACACAAACAUCUCUUUUGUUGUAAAGCAUUGUGAAGAAAAUGCAAGGUCUAAAAUGAAAAAAGGAGCAGGAACCUCAACUGUGCCCUCAAACACAAGCAUAGCAAACACCACCACUGCUCACACAGCUACAGCAUCGGUAGCAGCUUGUGGCAGAGACGGAAUCGGACAUAGUGGAACCGGCGACACAGAUCCAGCAAACGCAGUAGUAUCUACCUCAUUGCCUGAGAGCACAACGCAAUGUACAAAUCAACCACCUUCUGACAUGUACCAGACGAGUUCAUUUGCUGCUCCCCCACUUCAGCAUUGCAACAACCCCGUUACAGAGAGGAGCAAUACAACAGCAGCAGAUGAAGGAGCUCCAGACAAAGUUGACAUAUAACCUUGGAACCACAGUUAACUGAUUGUUUUUGACAGUCUUGUAAAUAUUUCCUCCCGUGUUAGUAACACAUAUCAUUAGGCUAAUGUCACGUUUAAGAUGCGAUAUAACAACUGUAAGAAAACAGGUUGUUGUCAAGAUCAUUUUUAGUGUGAAAGCCCGAGGCUGAAAUCUGAAUAGCUUGAAUGGCUGAUGUGAAUUGUGUUCUUCUUUUUGGCCUAAAAGAAGUCUUUCUUCUU